UUCAUUUACUUAAUUUUGAAGGAAAACGAAUUACAUCCACAAACAAAUGGUAAGUCGAUUUAAAUUCGAUUUAAAUGAUUCAUAUAAGUAGUUAAGCCUGCAAGCAAACUUUCAGAAGCUCAAUCAUGAUAGAGUUUAGACAAGACCUGCAUCACUUCAAGUCCUCCAAAGCAUCUGAAGAAAGAGGUUUGAAUAUGGAAGUCAUAAACCAGUUCCCAAAUAUGACAGAGAGCAUGUUAGAGGACUUCAAUGAAACAGACUUCUCAGAAGAAAACUUCUUGGGCUACCAUUUCCAGUUACCAGAAAACACAACACGGAGCUCAAUUUCUGAUUUUCCUCGUGUUGCCCUGUUCAAAUGUCAGAAUGAGUUUCCGGUGAUAACUCGAAGCAGUCCACUGGUAGAUAGCUCUCAAGAAACCAUGAAUAGAAAAGCAAAACAAGUAUUGGUAAGCUUCUCAGGAACCCCUUGUUCAGCUUUUGGUAAUAACUGUAGCGUUGCUAGGAAUUUGAAGAACUUAGGAGGAAGGAAAAGAAGGAAAUGUGAGAAAGAACAAGAAAAGCCUGCAGAAGUAGUUCAUAUUAGAGCAAAAAGAGGUGAAGCUACCCAUAGUCACAGCUUAGCAGAAAGGGUGAGAAGGGAGAAAAUCAACAACAAAUUAAAAUGCUUACAAAACCUUGUUCCAGGUUGCCACAAGACAAUGGGUAUGACAAUGGUGUUGGAUGAGACAAUCACUUAUGUUCAUUCACUACAGAAUCAGGUUGAGUUUCUCUCAAUGGAGCUUGCAACUGCCUGUUCCACUUUAGGCAUAAAUUCUGGCAUGGGAGCUACCAGAAAAGCUUCGCAUAAUAUAGCAGGGGACAAGAUCACAUGAGGAACAGGAGGAGGAAGAGAAAUAAAUAAGCAAAUGAUAAAGAGAGCACAGUUGGUUCCACUAGAGUAAGCCCUUUUGACUGUGGGGCAUUUGUUAUCUGUUCUCAUGAAUCUGCUUCCUAUAUUCACUUUCUUUCUAGGCAAACAAGAUUGGUUUCUCAUAAGUCCACAAAAUGCUGUAAGCAAAACUACCAGACAGUGAUGUAUCAAUUCUACAUCUGCUGUAAAUUGCAACCAAAUACCUAAUAUUGUCUAGAACAGUUUCUUUGUGGGAUUUUGUUA